AUGAUUUCUGCAUUGGAUGUACCUCUUGACUUGUCGCAACCGCCUACGAUAACUCAGCAGUCUCCAAAAGAUUACAUUGUUGACCCUCGAGAGAAUAUUGUAAUACAAUGUGAAGCAAAAGGAAAGCCACCUCCUAGCUUCUCCUGGACACGCAAUGGAACUCAUUUUGAUAUAGAUAAAGAUGCACAGGUAACAAUGAAACCAAAUUCAGGCACCCUUGUCAUAAAUAUUAUGAAUGGUGGGAAGGCAGAAGCAUAUGAAGGAGUGUACCAGUGUACAGCAAGGAAUGAACGAGGAGCGGCCAUUUCCAACAAUAUUGUUAUAAGGCCUUCUAGAUCCCCUUUGUGGACGAAAGAAAAACUAGAACCAAAUCAGGUUCGAGAAGGUGAUUCAUUAGUACUACACUGCAGACCUCCUGUUGGCUUACCACCACCUAUAAUAUUUUGGAUGGAUAAUGCUUUCCAAAGGCUGCCUCAAAGUGAAAGAGUUUCCCAGGGUCUAAAUGGAGACCUUUAUUUUUCUAAUGUACAACCAGAAGAUACCCGAGAGGACUAUAUCUGCUAUGCGAGAUUUAAUCAUACGCAAACUAUACAGCAGAAACAACCCAUUUCUGUAAAAGUCUUUUCAACGAAGCCAGUUACAGAGAGGCAGCCAGUUCUUCUAACACCAACAGGUAGCACAAGUACCAAAGUGGAACUCAGAGGAAAUGUGCUUUUGUUGGAGUGCAUUGCAGCAGGAUUACCCACACCGGUAAUCCGCUGGAUUAAAGAGGGUGGGGAACUGCCAGCCAACAGAACGUUUUUUGAAAACUUUAAGAAAACUCUCAAGAUUAUAGAUGUUUCUGAAGCUGACUCUGGGAACUACAAAUGUAUAGCAAGAAAUAUAUUAGGUUCUGCUCAUCAUGUCAUUUCAGUAACUGUGAAAGCUGCCCCAUACUGGAUAACAGCACCCAGAAACUUGGUCUUGUCUCCUGGAGAAGAUGGGACAUUGAUCUGCAGAGCUAACGGCAAUCCAAAGCCUAAUAUAAGCUGGUUGGCAAAUGGUGUUCCCAUAGCAAUUGCCCCAGAAGAUCCUAGCAGAAAGGUAGAUGGUGAUACCAUUAUUUUCUCACAUGUGCAAGAAAGGUCAAGUGCUGUCUAUCAGUGCAAUGCUUCUAAUGAAUACGGAUACUUGCUAGCAAACGCGUUUGUGAAUGUUUUGGCUGAACCACCAAGAAUUCUAACUCUUGCUAAUAAGCUGUAUCAAGUCAUCGCAGAUAGUCCCGCGUUGCUAGACUGUGCAUAUUUUGGUUCACCUAAGCCUGAAAUUGAAUGGUUUAAGGGAGUAAAAGGUAGCAUCUUGCGUGGAAAUGAAUACGUUUUCCAUGAUAACGGAACCUUGGAAAUUCCGGUGGCUCAAAAGGAUAGUGCUGGUACAUACACAUGUGUAGCAAGGAAUGAAUUAGGAAAGAUACAAAAUGAGGUGCAGUUGGAAGUUAAAGAUCCAACAAUGAUAAUUAAACAGCCAGAAUACAAAGUGAUUCAGAGAUAUGGCCAAGUUUCAUUUGAGUGUAUAAUAAAAUAUGAUUCUACCUUAUUGCCAACAGUUAUAUGGUUGAAGGAUAACGAUGAGCUGCCAGAUGAUGAAAGGUUUCUAGUCGGUAAAGACAACUUGACCAUUAUGAAUGUAACUGAUAAAGAUGAUGGAACAUACACUUGUAUAGUUAAUACUACUCUGGACAGUGUUUCAGCAAGUGCUGUGCUUACUGUUGUUGCUCGGCCAAAUCCACCCUUUGACUUGGAAUUGACAGGUCAGCUAGAAAGGAGCAUUGAACUCUCAUGGAUACCAGGAGAUGAAAAUAACAGCCCCAUUACAAGCUUUGUGAUUGAAUAUGAAGAUGGGCUGCAUGAACCAGGGGUAUGGCACUACCAGACGGAAGUUCCUGGAACUCAGACAACAGUACAGUUGAAGUUGUCUCCGUACGUCAACUACUCAUUCCGUGUGAUAGCUGUCAAUGAGAUUGGCAGAAGUCAGCCAAGUGAACCAUCUGAGCAGUACCUGACAAAAUCUGCAAACCCCGAUGAAAAUCCUUCUAAUGUGCAAGGAAUAGGCUCGGAACCGGAUAAUUUGGUAAUAACAUGGGAGUCCUUAAAAGGUUUUCAGUCUAAUGGACCAGGGCUUCAGUACAAAGUCAGCUGGCGUCAGAAAGAUGUUGAUGAUGAAUGGACAUCUGUCAUAGUUGCAAAUGUAUCUAAAUAUAUUGUGUCUGGCACACCAACUUUUGUUCCCUAUGAAAUAAAAGUACAAGCUUUAAAUGACCUGGGAUAUGCACCAGAGCCAACAGAGGUGAUUGGACAUUCAGGGGAAGACUUGCCAAUGGUGGCUCCAGGCAAUGUGCAGGUUCAUGUUAUUAACAGCACAUUAGCAAAGGUGAAUUGGGACCCAGUUCCAAUAAAAACUGUCCGAGGACACCUUCAAGGGUACAAA